AUGCCUGCUGCCACAGGGACAAAACGCGUUCGGGGGGUUUCGGUCUUCAGACCUUUUGUGUAUGGCAGCGAGGCACAGCCCUUCGACCCCGAGAAUCGACCGCCCCACGCUCCUCCGGACCACACCCAUCAAUGGCGCGUCUAUGUGAAAGGGGUCAACGACGAGGACAUUUCUUACUGGUUGAAGAAGGUCCAGUUCAAGCUGCAUGAGACGUACGCACAGGCGGUGCGCACGGUUGAACAGCCUCCGUUCGAGAUCACCGAAACGGGAUGGGGUGAAUUCGAGAUCCAGAUCAAGCUCUACUUCGUCCCCGAGUCGACGGAGAAGCCUCAGACGCUAUGGCACAGCUUGAAACUGCACCCGUACGGCCCCGACAUCGAAGGCAAGAGGGAACGUAGGGAAAAGGUGAUAAGCCAGAAUUACGAGGAGAUCAUCUUCAACGAGCCGGUGGAACAGUUCUAUGACAUCCUGACGGGUGGACCCGGCCCUGCCCAGCAGCCUUCGAAGGGGAAGAGCGGCAAGAACACGAAACAGGUCCAGCAGACUGGGAGGACGGCCGAGAUUCCGCUCAACGAGACUCCGGGCAAUCCAUACAGCAGAGAAACGGAAGCCAAAGAGCUCGACCGGCUGAUAGAAGCCCAGAAGACGGUCGAGCAGAUGCUGAAGGAGGAGAAAGCAAAGCUGGUCGAACGGGAGAAGCGGUUGGCGGAGCUGAAGGCGACUGAGGGAGUGCCCGUUGUGACGAAGAAGAAAUGA